AUGCUUGAGGCUGUCAUCGAACCGUAUCCGCAAGCCACGAUUGAUGGCUAUACCGGAUUGACGGUGCAUUACGCACAGGAGCGCGGCGCGUGUGCGAUUGUCCGCGGUUUACGUGAGGUCUCCGAUUUUGAAUGGGAAUUCAAGAUGGCACGGAUGAAUCAGCAGAUCGCCCCCGAUAUUGACACCCUUUUUAUGAUGGCAAAUACACAAUAUGCUCACAUUAGUUCAACCUUGGUGAUGGAAGUCGUGCAGAUGGGGCAAGGAAAAGUCGGUGCGGAGAAGUUACGGGAGAUGGUACCGGCAAUCGUGGUCGAAUUUAUCAAGAAAAAAUUUGAUGUGCUGUAA